AUGCCGACGACAGUCUUCGCUGGCGAGAAACUUUCCGAUGUUCCGCCACCCACCACAAUGACCAACAAUAAUACGACAAGCCUCGCGCCAACGGCCACAACACCCAACACCGAUGAGAACACACUUGACGUUUUGUCACCCAUCACAACCCCCACCACUGCUACCACAAUUGUCUUGUGAACCUGCAAUGCGGACUGGAUCUGAACAUGUUCCUAUUGAGAUUACGCCUUCGUAUCACGCAUCGGCCUCGUCGGUCACUUGCGAAUCCGUUGUACCGUGAGCGGCGCACCAGUACCCAGAGCCUCCACAUACAUUCGCCGCAUCCGCCUUAACUGUCCACACUGUUAACGCACAUUUAUGCACCGGUUCAAUGCGUGCUCACAACGGCCGAAUUUGUCGUAGUAUCGACACGCCUGACACAACUUGAACAUCCACUAUCCCCCCCAUUCCCCGUCAAAUCAACUUCCCAUAGACGAGCGGGCACACCACUAGCAGCACCAAAACGACAACCGACCCAAAAUACCUUAGCCUAUCGUGUCAACACUCACCGCACGUUCACUUCACACAGCGGUCUGGUGGGCACCUACGAAUUCAUCGAGACAAACUGACGAAACAGUGUCUGGAGCACAAACAUGCCAAGACGUCACCGCCUGCUCGUUCACAUGCGUAGGCAUAAAAACCUACGGGGCAUUAACGCAGACGUGUCGACGUCACCAUACAUUCCACCUACAGUCCAUGCACCACGCAUAAACACCUCCAACAUCUCGUGCCACCGAUUCCUCUCACGUAAUUGGGAAGUGUGUAUUGGGUAAAUUUCUCCCUCUGGCUCCACGGUUGCCUAUGAGAUCGGAGCUCACUAUCCCCUUGCAUAUGAAAUCCUGGUGUGUGCAAACAAGGGCGAAAUGAGUGUGUGUGUGUUUGUGUGUCCAGCGGUGGGUUCACGUGAUGGUCGUAGUGGUCGCUCACUUGCUUGCAGGUUAGACUACGCGUAGCGUCCACUUGGUGGCACUCAACUCUCCACGUAGCUGGGCUCUGCUCAGCGGCCACACCCCGGGCAACCGCCUCGACCGGCGGGCUAAACCAGGUGAGGGAGUUGCGCGCGUUGUGCCGCGGGCACAGGGUUUGCGGACUCCGCUGGACGUUUGGUCGGAUGAAACGUUGCGCCGGCGUCGCCGAGACGAGGCUCUGCCUGGUACGCCGUUGCACAGCCGCUGCCGGGAUGGGUCCCCGCAUCGCCUUCGCUGAGACGCGCCCACCUACGCCGACGGAGACCGCAGACCUCGGCAUAUGCGGUCGUUCUCCACUACAAACAUAAAGUCGUGGUCCCAUAGUGGGAUUCGGUCGCGCCAAACAGGCACACAGGCAGCCCGAUUCGGGGGGCACUGCCUGUCCCCAUUACGGAGGAGGGCCUAGAAAAGGUGGCCUAAACAUUGCUGGGCACCACGUCGUCUCCAGGCUAGCCAGGGCCGCAGACGUCUAAACAUGGUCGAAACACUCAAAACCGAAACAACAACAAUAUCAAUAACAACAACAACAACCAUACUCCUUCUCCUCAUCCUACCUCUUCUUCCUCUACCUCCGUCUAUACUUCUGUCUAUUCUUCUCCUUCGUCGUCUUCUUCUCCACCUCCUUCCCGUCGCCCCACUCGUUUUCUCCAGACUGGCAGGGUGAGUCCGCUCACUCUAGCAGCCUGGAAUGUUUGUUCCCUUUUAGACAAUCCGCGGAGCAACCGACCGGAACGGAGGACAGCGCUAGUGACCCGUGAACUGGCGCGCUACAAGGUGGAGGUCACCGCACUCAGCGAGACUCAAUUCUCCGAACAAGGCCAACUGGAGGAGGUGAGUGCCGGUUACACCUUCUUCUGGAGCGGUCGCCCCAGGACAGAGCGACGAGACGCGGGUGUCGCCUUCGCCAUCCGGAACGACAUCGUGGGACGACUUCCCUGUUUGCCGCAGGGCAUCAACGAUCGUCUGAUGAGGCUCCGUCUGCCCCUCCGGGGGGGGGUGGGGGCGAAUUCGCCCCCAUCAUCAGCGCCUACGCUUCGCCAAUGAGCAACCCCGACGUUGCCGCAAGAGACAAAUUCUACGAGGACCUGCACGCCCUCUUGGCGACUGUGUCGAAGGCGGACAAGUUGAUUGUCCUUGGUGACUUCAACGCCCGCGUCGGCACAGACCAUACUGCUUGGAGAGGAGUGCUGGGCCCCCACGGUCUCCGCGGCUCAAACGACAAUGGUAUGCUGCUUCUCCGCACCUGCGCAGAACACCGCCUCAUCCUGACGAACACCUUCUUCUGUCUGCCGGAGCGAGAGAAGGCCACCUGGAGGCAUCCUCGGUCGCGUCAGUGGCACCUGCUGGACUAUGUCCUCAUCCGGAGGCGAGACCAGCGUGUCUUGCUUGUGAUGAAGGCGAUCGCGGGUGCUGACGGGUGGACCGACCAUCGCCUCGUCAUUUCGAAGAUGCAUAUUCGUCUACAGAUUCACAGGAGACCACAAGGUAAGCGACCCCCAGGUAAGCUGAGUACUGCCUUGUUGUCUUUUCCCGCUCACCAUCUUCAUUUCAGCAAUGAGAUAGCUCAACGGCUAGACAACCUUCCUAUCGCUGCCGAGAACGCCUCCGUGGAGAACCGAUGGUGUCAAAUGCGGGACACGGUCCAGGCGACGGCGCUAGCCGUCCUCGGGCGCGCUCAUCGCCAACACCAGGACUGUUUUGACGACAACGACGCCGUCCUCAGCAAUCCGCUAGCUGAGAAGAACCGCCUACACAAAGUCUAUGUAGAUCACCCCACCGACGAAAACAAAGCUGCUUUCUACCGCAGUCGCCGUCACCUUCAGCAACGACCACGCGAGACGCAGGACGCCUGUACUGCCCGCAAAGCUGAGGAGAUCCAAGGGUACGCGGACCGCAACGAAUGGAAGCACUUCUUCUCCGCGAUCAAAGCUGUCUACGGUCCGCCGACGAAGGGCACAGCUCCUCUUCUCAGCGCCGACGGUAGUACUCUCCUGACUGGGAAGACACAAAUUCUACAGCGAUGGGCCGAGCAUUUCCGAGGCGUCCUCAAUCGCCCCUCCGCCAUCUCCGACGCCGCCAUCGACCGCCUGCCGCAAGUGGAGACCAACGCGGACCUCGACUUCCCACCACCUCUCCAGGAAACCAUCAGGGCCGUGCAGCAGCUCUCCAGCGGGAAAGCACCCAGAUCGGACGCGGUCCCUGCUGAGGUCUACAAACACGAAGGUCCCUAA